CAGAGGCAGAUGACAUAUGUCCAUCCAGACGGAUCAUACAGCGCUUUUGGCAAGAGUGACGCUUCAGGUAGUACUUGGUUGACUGCUUUUGUUGUGAAGUCGUUCGCUCAGGCCUCAGAUUUUAUCACCAUUGACGAGAAUGUGGUAAGGGAUGCCGUAACCUGGCUCAUUUCUCAACAAAACAAAAAUGGAACCUUCAGAGAACCAGGCAUAGUCAUAAACAGCAGAAUGCAGGGCGGCUCAGCAGCAGGUGAGAGGACUCUCACGGCGUUUACUCUUAUCGCUCUCAAAGAAGCAGAGAACAUGCAGGGG